AUGUCAUCAACACAAGAAGUCCUCUCUUACUAUCAAAAGGAAAAAUGUCUCCACAAUUUGUUGGAUGGAUCUGUGAGGAUUUUAGAUAUUUGUGGAAUUACAAGGGAUGUAAUGUUACAAUUUAAGGACCAAGUUCAAGCUCUUCAAUCUGCACUACGCAGGAGAAAAGGAUAUUCCAGCAUCGAAGGCAGUAUAGCUAGUUAUUCUUGCUUCACAAAGAAGAUGAAAAAGGAGGCAAAAAAGUCAAUUGCUGUACUGAAGCAAAUGGGCAGCAAACUUAAGGCAUCUCCACUUCAAGAUCAUCACUUGAUUCAGUUGUUUAAAGAGGUUAUUGCAAUGAGUAGUUCUGUCUUCCAAUCCCUGUUUUCGUUCUUGUCAACAUCAAAACCAAAACAAAAUAGGUGGUCUAUGGUUUCGAAAUUGAUGCAAAAGGGAGCACAAGCAUGUGAAGAAAAGCAAGAAAUUGUGAAUCAGUUAGAAAGUGUUGAUGCUGCAUUAAGCGAGAAGCCUCAUUUUGGGCAGAUGCAAAUUGCACAGAAAAGGCUGGAGGCUUUGGAGAUCAGCAUUCAAGACAUUGAGAAUUGCUUGGAAAGUGUGUUCAAGCACUUAAUUAAAACAAGAGCCUCAAUUUUGAACAUUAUCUCCCAAUAA